UUAAGUAACGGCUUAUAUGUAGAGGUUAAUAUCCAAGUAAAAUUAUUGCUAUUUUAAUUAAAUAUUGGCAACGCUGAUUUGGUGUAAACCCCGUGUAAGUUUACAUUUUUCGAUUAUCUACAGAAACUCAACACCCUAUCAGUCUAAUUUUUUCACCUUUUACAUUUUGUUAGCAAAAAUACGAUUUCGCUAAAAAUUUUGUACGAUUCUCCUGUUGGAAAGUGGAAAGUUUAUAAUAUUAUUAUGUCUCGACAAGCUUCACGUUUCGACGCUAAAAAAGUGUAAUUAAAAGAAACAAAAGUUAAUUUCACGCCACAAUAAAGGUGAAUGGAUGUAAAUAACAUUUUAUCUAACGAUACAUUUAAAACCGAGAAGACUACAGGAACCGUCGCUGUACUUGCACAAAAUAAAAAAAACUUUUCAGACCAGAAAAAAAUACAACUGAUCCCUAUGAUGACCGCUGGUGGAGCACAAAUAAUUAUCGGGCAAGUGCCACAACAGCAGACUCAAGCGGCAAGCGGAGCGACAGCAACAGCAACUGGACUUAUUCCUCUGCAAACGGGCCAAAUAAUGUUGCAACAGCCACCCCAAUCCGCACAGGCCAUGCAGCUCCUCCAAUUGCCCGAUGGCCAAACACUAUUUUACCAACCUCCAGCAACUUCAUUAACGCUAGAUCCGAAUACAGCAACUGCCCAAGCCACAUCUCAGCCACAACUUAUAAACAUAAACGGUCAAAUAAUGCAAAUCGCUGCUUCCCAUCCGCAAGGUCCCUCCCAUAAUGGCCCAUCUGUAGGGCAACAAAUCAUUAUGAUGCCACAGCCAGGAACUACAACAGUUGCUGUACCUCAAGCUGCCACAACAGUAUCAGCACAGCAAGCGACUUCUUCCACGAAUCCAAACAGUAACUCAAACGAUGCCGCUGCAGCGGUAGCACAAGCAGAAGAAGACUCAAGUAAAGGAGAAUCGGAAGAAGAACCUCUUUAUGUUAACGCUAAACAAUAUAAAAGGAUACUAAUACGACGACAAGCUCGUGCAAAAUUGGAAUCUCGUAUACCAAAGGAACGCUCCAAAUAUUUGCAUGAGUCUCGUCACCGUCAUGCAAUGAAUCGGGUACGAGGAGAAGGUGGACGUUUUCAUUCGGCACAGGGAAAGGGUGAAAUGGGUGGAUCUGGUUCCGGUAAUUGCGAGUCACAAAUGCAAACGGUACAGUCACGCGCAACUGUCCGGGCUCCACCAAAGUUGAUCGCCCCACAUCAAACGCCAAUACCAGCACCAACUCCUAGUAUAACCAUAACGCCAAUAAAAUAAAAAUUAUUAACUGGUACAAAUAAUAAUACCAGUUAUGAAAUUUAAGUUCUAAGAACAUUAAGAUUAAUACUCCAAUAACGGAUUUUAAGAAGAUGAAGACUAUCCGCUAUCCAUGCCAUAUGCUAUUAAUACUAAUAAUAAAUAAUCUAUAAU